AUGACGGAGUACGAUUUCAGUCCAGCUGCGAUUCAUCAAUACCACGAGAAACAGCGCAGCAUUCACAAAUGGGUCACCGAGACCAAAAAACAUUCUCCAUCCAAUCCGUUUGUCCCGGAACUCCCUCAGCGGGCACAGACAUUCCAUGUCAUGCCUCAACCUCGACCGGAGCGACGAGUAUCCUCGUCCUCAUCACGUCCCACGACGAGCUCCCGACCUAAACAUACUAGAUCUAAGACGGAGACAUAUAUCCCAAAGUCCUCUCGCGACCAUUCUCGACAUCACAAAUCUUCGCGGUCGGCCACGACUCCCGUCUACCCCACACGACCCCCAAUGUACCAACAGCAAUCGACGCCCCAGUACUCGGCGAAUUAUUACUAUAUGCAUCCCCAGAUGGGUCAGAUGACGACAGCCCCCUACCAACAGCCCCAGUCACCUCAAUACCAAUACCCUAUCCAGCCUUACUCUGCACCGCCGGUUGCGAAGAAGGGUGUUUUCUCCCGUUUUGUGAACUUUAUGAGCGGGAAGAACGCCAAUUCUCCUCCCUCUCGCCAGCAAAGCAGGCAUUCAAGCAAGAAGAGGCGCAACCGCGGGCAUUCCUACUGGUGGGGACUAUAG